GGGGGCGGAGGCACAGCACGGCCAGGGCUCAGACAGGACAUGGACUCGGUGCCUGGUCGCUGAGCCCUGCAGCUGGAAUACUUUUGGGGACCCUGGAAUACCUACGUUCAGCCAUCACAAGAGCAUGACGCAAACAUGAGCGGCGCCCAGACGGAAGCAGCAGCAGCAGCAGCAGCAGAGGAGAGGCCCGCCAGCGACGAGCUGGAGUGCAAGAUCUGCUACCAGCGCUACAAUGCCCACAACCGCAAGCCCAAGAUCCUGGACUGCCUGCACAGGGUGUGCGCCCGCUGCCUCAACAAGAUCCUGGACAUGGGCGACGGCUCGCAGUUCAUCAGCUGCCCGUUCUGCCGCCACGAGACCGAGGUCACCGAGUACGAGGUGGCGGGGCUGCCCGACGACUCCAACAUCAUGUCCAAGCUGGCCACGCGGGACAAGUCCUGGAGCUCGGACAGCAAGGAGGUGGUCCUGACCCCAAAGAACCUCUCGUCCUCCAGCCCGUCCCACGACUCCUCCAACUGCCUGGUCAUCACCAUCAUGGAGGUGCAGAGGGACCUGCAGCGCUCGCCCAGCCGAAACGGCAGCUCGGACUACUACGCGGAGCAGAGCCUGGACUCCGUGUCCGUCACCUCCAACGGCCCCGCGGACCAGGACGUCUUCUCCAAGUUCUGCAACCACGUGCCCAGGAUACUGGUCUGGCUGCUGGGCUUCUUCUACUUCGGCUCCCUGCCGCUGGGGAUCUACCUGCUGGUGAUCCAGCGGGUGACGCUGGGCAUCGUGUGCGUGAGCCUGGUGCCCUCCAGCCUGACUGUGUGUCUGGUGUACGGGUUCUGCCAGUGCCUGUGCCAGGGCAUGUGCGACUGCUCCUCCCGGAGCUGAAUGCGUGUGCCGGGGCACUGCCCGCUCCCCACGGCCUGGCGCCUGAGGCAGAGACGCACAGUACCUCCAACGCCAGCCGCCCACUUUCAAUGAUGCUUUAAAAAAAAUUUAAAAAAAGAAAGACAAAAAAAGGUGGAGAUUCCUCUCCGCAACACCUCUCCCAUGAGUUGUCAUAAAUGUCAGUUGUCCCACAUCAGAACCAGGUGUAGAUCGGGAUUUUU